GGGGUGCUUUGGGGGGGGAUCCUAAGGGGAAAUGGGAGCAGCAUCCGUGGGGGGGCUGGGAGGGGUCCCUGGCGGUUUUGGGGGGGUUCUGGGCAGGGGAAAGGGCUCCAAUGGGCCCCAGGGGAACUAUCCGGGCUCAUUAGCAUAGCCACGCCUACGCGUUUGUUCAUUAACAUAUGUCCGCCCUCCUGUCGUCACGUGCCCCGCGGUCACGUGCCUCCCCCUCUCCACGGGUGGCGUAUCGCCCCGCCCCUCCCUGGUUUUGCCGUUUCUCAUUGGUCCACUUCGCUUCACGUGAUUCACAGUCCCCGCCCUCUGCUUUUCCCGCCCGGCAUUUCCGCUUCCGGCGCGGGGCCCCGCCCCCUCCGCCCCCCGCGGCCUCGCGGCGUCGCCAGAGGAAGAGGAGGAGGAAGAGGAGGAGGAAGAGGAAGAGCUGCGCCACAGGCGGGGGCGGAUGGGAACGCCCCCCCGCAGGAUGGCGGAGGGCUGGGCCGAGUGCCCGGCGCUGGGCCCGGGCUGGCAGCGCCGCGAAGCUUUUCGGAAAUCCGGGGCUACCAGCGGCCGCAGCGACACCUACUACAGGAGCCCCACGGGGCAGAAGUUCCGCAGUAAGAUCGAGCUGCGGCGGUUCCUGGGCCCCGGGCACGACCUCAGCAACUUCGACUUCAAAUCGGGGCUGCAGCGACCUGGCCCCACCCAGGCCAGGAAGAGCCCCAAAUGGCAUCUGCCCACCGAGCCCCUCCCAGAGCCCCCCGAAAUCUUCAAAAAGGAGGAAGAGGAGGUGGAAGUGGAGGUGGAGGUGGAGGUGGGCGGGGCUGAGACCGAGAAGACCCCACCCUCAUCAGUUCAGGCCCUGCCCAUCCCUGUCCAGGCCACGCCUCUGACUCUCCAGGCCACACCCCCUUCCGUUGAGGCCACGCCCUCUCCGGCCGUGGCCACGCCCUCACUGGAGCCCCCCCAUCGCAGGACCCGGAAGCGGCUGCCCCUGGAGCCCCCCCAGGAUGGGGUGGUGGCGCUUUGUGCUGGCUGCCAGAGCCUCUUCCCGGGGGUGUCCCUGCCCCCCCAGCGCCGCUGCCGCUGGCUCUGCCCCGACUGCCGUGCCCAGAGACGAAACUUCAACCGGGAGCAGCGAUUCUACAAGCGGGUGGGCUGUGGCACGUGCCAGGCCUGUCGCAUCCCCGAGGACUGCGGGAUCUGCAGCGCCUGCGCCCGCAACCCCCCCGGGGGCCCCUCCGGGCCCGGCCGGACCCCCAAGUGCCUCCUGCGCCGCUGCCUGCGCAUCGUCAAGAAGGGCCUGGGCUGCGGUUCCUGCGCCGGCUGCCUGAGCACCGAGGACUGCGGCAGCUGCUGCAUCUGCCUGCGGCGCCUGCAGCCCGGCCUCAAGCGCCAGUGGCGCUGCCUGCGGCGCCGCUGCCUGCGCCCCAAGAAAGCCAGGGUGGCCAAGAAGCCGCAGAGCCCCCGGCUCCUGACAGAGAAGUGGAAGCCCCUCGUGGAGCGGGAGCCCAGCGACGCCUCCAGCGCCAGGCACAGAAAGCUGCUGACCAAGGGCAAGGAGAAGAAGAAGCCGGGGCGACCCCCGAAGGCCCCUGGGCCCCGCGGGCGGGGGGUGCGGAGCCGGGCCAGCCGGCGCUGCGGGGUGUGCGCAGCCUGCCGGCGCCCGGCCGACUGCGGCCGCUGUGACUUCUGCCGGGACAAGCCCAAAUUCGGGGGGCAGAACCUCAAGCGCCAGAAGUGCCGCUGGAGGCAGUGCCUGCGCUGUGCCAUGGAGAAGGAGGAGCUGCUGGGGGGGGCUGAGAACGGCCCCAGGCCCAUCCUGGGCCCCCCCCUGCGACUCUGCCCCAUCAAGGAGGAGGCGGGACCCCUCCCCCGCCUCGAGGACCCUCGCCUGGGGCUCCUCAUCGCCUCGGCCCCCCGCCUCAAAGGGGCCCCCCCGGAGCCCAGCGUCGCCCCCCAAAGGCCCCCCCCCGGGGAUUUGGGGGUCCUGAUCGCCGCCACCCCCCGUGUGAAGCAGGAGCCGCCCCAGCCCAGCGCGUCCCUGGUGCCGGUGCCCCCCCAGCACCCCCCUGCACAGCUGGUGGUGCUGGAUGAGAGUGAGGAGGAGGAGGAGGAAGAGGAGGAGGAGGGCAGCAGCCGAGUGCCCUUCCCUCUACCCCCCGCUCCCCAGCUCUGGCCCGGCUCCUUCCUGGAGGAACUGGCCGAGAUUCCCCUCCCGGCUCACUGGGGGGUCGUGGGGGCUGACGGUGGUCCCGGGCCGUGCCCGGCGCGGGGGCUGCGGCUGGUGCAGCGCUGCCCCCGCUCCUCCAUGGCCGCGGCCGCCGUGCUGCUCAACCCGGGCUUGGCUUUCCGCGUCUUGGUCGCCCGCGGCCGCCCGGUGCCCCCCGGGCACGAGGUGCUGGCCCGGCGCCCCCCCCUGCGCUCCGUGCUGGACCUGGUGGAGCUGCUCUGCGACCUCGAGGCCUACGGGCCCUGCCCGGGACCCCCGGCCCGGCCCCCCGCCCCCCGCUGCCAUGUCCUGGUGAGGGGGGGGCGCUGCUGCCGGCCCUGCCAGAUGCUGGCAGGGGAG